AUGGUGAAUAGCAAGAUCUUUCCCUAGUACCUAUCUAUCUCACUCACUCUCUCCAAAAUAUCAUACACCGAUCAUUCUAAAUUGUACAAUAUGGAAGACUCGAAUCCCGAAUUGGAAACAUUCCGCAAGCAAUGGCAGGAAGAAGUGACUAGACGGUCAAAUGUUACCCAGGCACAUCCUCCAACCCAAGCGGCUGGGCCAUCUAACGUACCACAAAGAGCUCCACGGACCAAACAUGUUCAUGAGAAUACUAAACCUGGAGAUGAGGAUAUCGUUGAGCCUCAAACAGUACACUUUGACGGACCAAGUGGCGCCGUUGGGGCAGGAGAAGAAGAUGAAUUCUAUCCAUACGGUAAGAAGAAUGGCAAUAGUGAGCCCCAAUCAGCUUUGGAACACUAUGAAAAAGCGGUAGAGAGGGAAGGUCAAGGUAGCUUAGGAGACAGUCUUGAUCUCUACCGCAAAGCAUUUCGACUUGAUGAUCAAGUUGAUCGAAAAUAUAAGAACAAACAUUUCCCACCAUCUGCCUUCCCACCGAAACCCACAAACACAAAUCCAUCCAAUGCAUCUGCCACAGUGCCCAAUACCGCACACCACUCACCAGAUGGGCCCCCACAGACUAUUAAACAAUUGAUCGAAAGUUUUUCGGAUUUAUCAAUUGAACCAUCGCCACCCGAAAUUGAAGGGACACCGGCUCCUCCAUGUCCAAUUGCAGAUGUACCUGAUGAAAUCCUAUUACAAAUAUUCAAAGAAGUAGCAAUUAGGGAUGUGGCUGACCUUGCACGAAUCACACAAGUAUGCAAACGCAUGGCAUAUCUUGUAGCGACGGGAGAACAAAUCUGGAAAAGGAUAUGUCUUGGCUCAGAAUUCGGAUUCGAAGCAAUGCAUUAUCAAUGGCAAACAGAAGUCACAGGAGAGCUUCUUGAAGUCGAGCCUCAAUUACUUUUGCCCUCGGAAGACUCAGGUGAAGAGUCUGUUCCAUCAAUGCCUCUCAGUGACGAUACCAUCACCCAUUCCCUACUCCAAUCAACUUAUUCUUUAUCCUGGAAACAAAUGUUUCGCUUACGUCCCCGCAUUCGUUUCAAUGGCUGCUAUAUAAGCACCGUGAACUAUAUUCGACCUGGGCAAGCCUCCCCUUCAGCGGUAGCUUGGAAUUCUCCAGUCCAUAUUGUUACCUAUUACCGCUACCUUCGUUUCUAUCGCGAUGGCACAUUAAUCUCUCUUUUGACCACCACCGAACCUAGCGAUGUCGUUCACCAUUUGACGAAAGAACUUCUUGAAUAUCACAGGAGAAAUCAAUCUUCUCAUCUCCCUUCUUCUGUCAUGAGCGACGCUCGUCGUGGACGUUGGCGCCUAUCCUCUAUCAAUGAUCCUCCUUCGCUAGAUAUAGAUGCUGAACCCUCUUCUAAAGUUGGAGGAUCAGAGGGUACGUUAUAUGUGGAAACAGAAGGAGUUCAUGAAAAAUAUUUCUAUAGAAUGGAAUUGAAGAUGACUAGUGCAGGGAAAACAGUCAAAAAUAACAAAUUGGCUUGGAAUGGAUUCUGGAAUUACAACCGCCUAACGGAUGACUGGGGAGAGUUCACAUUGAGGAACGAUAAAGCUUUCUUUUGGAGUAGAGUAAAGAGUUAUGGAAUGGGCGCAUGACGCAUUGAAGAUAUUGAACGCAGUUUUCAUGAUUUUUAGAGGAGCGAGUUUGGAUAAUACCGGUAGAAAGACUAUGAUUAGAUGUUACGGUCAGCAUCGGAAUGAGUAUCAACUCACAACAAGAUGCCGAUAUCACGAUAUGACAUGAUCUCGACGAGUAAUGAUUAUGGUACUGGAAUUGAACAGAAGAGAACAUCCAUAGAUGUACAGAAACAGAAAAUAGAAAACGAUGUCAAGCAGGUGAUUAUUCAUAUUGAGUUUUGUCCUUCAUAACACAUAGAUUUAUGCCAAGCAAGCUUGCAUAUUCAGAAAGUAAGAU